UGUAGCAGGGUAGGAAUAAAAUAAAAUAGUUCCCGCGGACCAACAGGCCGGAGAAGGACACUCCGUAUGAAACCACUCAGGCUGCCAGAAGCCUUGGGGUACCCCCUAAACAGACUGGCUCUGCGGGCACGGACGCACAGAUGGCAGCCCCAUCAUCGUGAUCGGGGUGCUGUGGGCUAAUCACCUGCACACCCUUAAAAACUUUUAUGAUUGAGAAUUCUCCAUUUAACAAUAAUAACCGGACCACUUAUACGACGACUUUUGGCUUUCGAAAACGGACACGAAUUGGGUGCUGGAAUGUCAGGACCAUGGCUCGACCUGAAAGGCUACCCCAAGUAGCAAAAGUCAUGAACGACUACGGCAUCCACAUACUUGGACUAAGUGAGACGAGAUGGAAUGGGUUUGGUGAAGAUUCAGCAGAUUACGGUACCACACUAUUGUACAGCGGCAAAGAAGACGAGGAUGCGAGCCGUGAAUUCGGAGUUGGCCUACUUUUAAGCCGCAGUGCCAAGAUGAGCCUGUUGAGUUGGAAGCCAGUUUCGGAACGCAUAAUCACGGCACGUUUCGACUCCCGCGCUCGUAAAAUUAGCAUCGUCCAAUGCUACGCUCCAACUAACUCUGCUAAAGACGAUGCUAAGACGGCGUUCUAUGAGCAGCUCGAGCACACCCUCAGAAACAUCCCCAGACAGGACAUCGUCAUCUUGAUGGGUGACUUCAACGCAAAACUGGGUAGUGACAAUACCAACCGCGAACAGUUUAUGGGCUCCGAAGGAGCUACCGGAAAUAUGAACGAAAACGGAGAACUUUUCGGCGAGCUCUGUUAAUCACAGAAUUUGGUUGUGGGUGGCACUCUUUUUAAACAUAAGGAGUGUCAUAAGGUCACAUGGAUAUCCCCUGAUGGUGUUACCCGCAACCAAAUAGACCAUGUUGCGAUCAGUCGUGCCUGGAGAUCCUCGUUGCUGGAUGUGAGGAACCGACGCGGUGCUGACGUGGAUAGCGACCACCACCUUGUAGUAGCAGAAGUGCGCCUCAAGUUGUGCACCCCAAGCCGUAAACCUGAGCAGACGUCUAGAAGCUUCGAAGUAUGAAAACUCCGCGACCCGGAAUGGCGGGAGAAAUUCCGCAUAUCCCUUCGGAAUCAGUACGAACUUCUAGAUGAACUCGAGGACGAGGAAAUGGAUGGAUCUUGGACGCGCAUAAGGAACGCCUACACAAACGCAGGGGAAGAGGUGCUCGGUUACUCCAAGCCUCAAAGAGAGAACUGGAUGUCGCAAGAACUGUGGCAGGCAAUUGAAGAUCGGCACCAAGUCAAGGGCCAACUACUGUCUGCAGUGGAGUCGGACGCAUCUUGCCUAAGAAGCCGAUACGCCAACCUUCGCUCACAAAUUAAGAGGACCGCACGUCGAGACCGCCGCAGAGCCGCAGACGAGUUGGCGGACCGUGCCAACGUAGCCGCUCGCCACAAGGACAUGCGUGCGUUAUACGAGGUGACGCGACGCCUCAGUGGAAGACACACACGACCUGCGAGGAAGCCACUCAGAGCCAGCGAUGGCAGUCUAUUGUGCACCCAGAGCGAGCAGCUGCUGCGAUAGACAGAGCACUUUUCAAGUCUCCUAGAGCAAGGCCAGGGCACAGACCUACAAGAGCCCACCAGCAUGGAUAACGACAGCAUUCUUCUGGACAUACCAACAGCGCCACCCUCUUUCGAAGAAGUAGUUGCAGCUGUGAAGUCACUGAAGCCGGGGAAGGCGCCAGGUAUCGACAAUAUCCAUGUGGAUAUGCUGAGGGCUGAUGCUCCAAUGUCUGCUACUUUACUGUUCCCCCUUUUGACCCGUAUUUGGGAAGCCGGACAAGUACCCGCCGAGUGGAAAAAAGGACUCCUGGUGAAAGUUCCAAAAAAGGGGGCAACGCGAUGCGACAACUGGCGCGGCAUCACGCUACUGCCCGCUGCCGCCAAAGUCUUAGCUAAGAUCCUGCUAAACCGCAUCGCGCCGAAAGUAGCAGUGACCCUCAGAGAUGAGCAGGCUGGCUUUCGCCCUGGACGCUCCUGCACUGACCACACCAACACCCUACGGGUCCUUAUUGAGCAAUGUGUCGAAUGGCAGUCGGAGCUAUUUCUGGCCUUUGUAGACUUCGAAAAAGCCUUCGACACCGUGAAGUGGACCGCGUUGUGGUCAAGUCUACAACGCAGAGGCAUACCAGCCUGCAUCAUCCAAGUGAUACGCUCGCUAUACGAGGGCAGUACAUGUAGGAUCGUACACGAAAAAGAGCUUGGGGCCCCAAUACGCAUUUCAGCUGGCGUCAAGCAGGGAUGUCUGCUGUCACCGCUCCUAUUUAUUAUUCUCCUUGACGAUGUGAUGAGGAACGUGGUUGCUAUCCCGAGAGGUAUAAGCUGGGCUUCAGGUGUUCUAGAGGACCUAGACUACGCGGACGACAUCGUGCUGAUUUCGCCAACUCUCGACCUAUUACAAGAGAAACUCGCACACCUGCAGGAGGAAGCCAGAGUAAUGGGUCUGCGAAUAAACCGACGCAAAACAGUCGAUAUGCGUAUCAAGGCUAAAACCUCGGACGCCUUAAUACUCGAUGACCAACGCUUAGACUCGGUCGAUGCAUUUACUUACCUCGGAAACACGGUCACCCGUCAGGGAGGAGCAGAUGAGGAUAUAGAGAGCAGGAUCAAGAAAGCGAAGGCUGCGUUUGCCCAGCUCAAACCUGUUUGGGACUCGAAUGUGCUCACAAGGCGGAUAAAAAUCUCCCUCUUCGACUCCAUCGUGAAGUCCGUAUUGCUCUUUGGUUGCGAAACGUGGAGAGUGACGAAAGGGCUGACGAACAAACUGCAAGUGUUCGUCAAUAAGUCCCUCAGGUCGAUCCUACGCGUUUUCUGGCCGAAGACAAUACGUAACGAAGAUCUGUGGAAGCUGUGCCGACAAUCUCCCAUCGGCAAGGAAAUUGCGAAACGAAAGUGGAGAUGGAUUGGGCACACUGUAAGAAGAGGAGCUACGAAUGCCGCAACUAUAGCCUUUGACUGGAGGCCACCAAAUGGCAAGCGCUCCCGGGGACGCCCUGUCCAAACAUGGCGCCGAAGCGUCGAAAACGAGUUGCGAGCCGCUGGACUAAGCUGGAGUGAGGCCAAAAAGACAGCCGAAGAUAGGCGGAAGUGGCGGACGUUAGUCGAGACCCUCUGCACCUCUGGGGUGCCAUAG